CAAAUUGCUCUCUAAAUAUUCCCAUCUCUGAUCUCUCCAACCCCCCUUAUAUUAUAUAAAUGCAACUCCUCGCAUGGUCCAUGGCUCCAAGCUGCCUUGCUGCAAGGUCUUAGGAGCUCUCCAUUAGGGACCUCGAGCUUCAGGAAGCUAUAUAUCUAGCCGGCCCCAGCCUAACCCUCCAGUUCAAAACUUCAGUGAUGGCUUCAGAAUCAGAGACGCCGCGAAUAACGGAGCUUCAUGUAAGGAUGGAUUGCAAUGGCUGCGAGCACAAGAUCAGGAAGACCCUGCGUGCAAUUGAUGGUGUAAGCGACGUGUACGUAGAUUCUGCAAACCAGAAGGUCACGGUGGUCGGGAUCGCCGACCCGGAGAGGAUCGUCAAGGCCAUCAGGAAGACCAAGAGGGUGCCGACCAUCUUCUCGCACACCGACCCGGUGGCGCCGCCUCCAGCCGAAGGCGAACCCGCCCCCGCCGACGCGCCUCCGCCGGAGGAGGAAGCAGCAGCGGCGGCGGCGGCAGCGGAGCCCGCGCCACCGGAAGCUGCGGCGGCGGCCGACCAGGCCCCACCGGCCACCGACGCCACCGUGAUACACAUGGUGCACGACUACCCGUACCCGUACAGCCACGACGACCACGACCACGACCACCAGCACCGCGGGCUGCAGCUCCGGGAGCACAGCUGGCCGGCGAGCGGCGGCUACUCCAUGCACGCCGCCACCGCCAUGGCCGGCUACGGCGGCGCCGCGCCGUACUACGCGACGGCGGCGCACAGCUACAGCCACAGGCCGAGCCCGUACGUGUCGGAGUACGGCUACGUGGGCUCUCCUGCCCACCAUGAGGGCGGCAGAUACUACGGCAGCCAUGACUACUACUACUACGCAGCUGCUGGUAGUAGAGGGAAAGGAGAUGGAAGCCAGAUCACCUCCAUGUUCAGCGACGAGAACCCUAAUGCAUGCAACAUAGCUUAAUUAACUAACCUAAGAUCAGUGGCAGAAUUAGUAGCUGCAAAACAUGGAGCUGUCAAGGAGUAAAUUCAGUUAGUGCAUGUUAAUUAAGAUCAGUGUAUUGUAUCAUGUGAUUUCUGUAAGAUAUAUAGUAAUUAAGAGGGGUGUAAGAUAAGGAAAGGGGAACAAUAAUAAGAUGCUUAACUUGUAGUA